UACCCGACGUCGGACCCGCUCAGUGCCUACCGCGUCGACGAGAUCCUUGCCGCGUCCGACGACAUUACUGCCAAACUCCGUCCAUACUAUUUUGAGUUGGAUGCGGCGAAGAGGCUCGCGAUUGCAAAAGAGCUCACUGCGGACACGCUCCCAACCUUGUUUGCAUGCGUCGAGGCGCGGCUCGUUGCAGCUACUGCCAAGGGCCCGUACCUCUUGGGUGAGACGCUCUCGCUCGCCGACAUGGAGCUGUUUGUCGUACGCAUGAUCGUGCGGUCCGGGGAGUUGGCCGAUAUUCCCACGACGCUCUGCGGCG